AUGAGUUCUAUGUUAAUUUGGGGUGCCUGCUUUGGCUUAUUUACUAGAGCUGCUGCUUGCAAAGCCUCUAUGAUUCCUUUAACUACUAGCCCUUGGAAAUAUCCUAAGUAUAUGAUUGUUUCUGCUGUUACCUUCUACUAUUUUGACUGGUACAGAAGAAUGGCUCUUGAAUAGUUAUGUUACAAUGAAGAAAAGUUAGAAAGAUAUUAAAUUAGAGCUAAGCUACAAUCAUUAAAAAUUGGAGAAGAAUUAAGCGAUGCCUAUAGAGAAUCUUUCUUCGAGCAUGCUGUUCAAAAAAACAAUAUUUGA